AUGAAGCACACAUUCUCUUCGCUGGCUCCUCUGGCCCUGAUACCAUCUACUUCAGAUGUUGCUUCUCUAGCACCUCAACUGGUGCUGCCAGGAAUCCUCGAAACAUUUGAAUGCAUUGCUCUGGAUGUCAUUGCCGAGCUUCUCCUUGGAGACCCCUUGGCGAUUGCUUUUUGCGAGGCCGUUGGGCCUCUUCAUCGGAGCUUUAUCAAGACCAGAACCACUACCAUCGUGAGGCCAACUACGGUGACAGUAACGACCACCAGGAACAGGACCCAUCCCACAAUCACCAGCCGCACCAUAAUGUUAGUUGAGCCGGUCGUCACGACUAGAACAAUCACCAAGACCCAGACAGCGAGAGCUUGCCCUGCACCAACUCUUUGCGUUAACCAAGGAAUCGACUUUGCACACUACAGGAAGACUCUUGGCGGCGGUUUCGCAAACUUCCAUCCUGAAGGGUAA